AUGGCUACACGUACAACACCAUCUGCUGCACAAGAAGCGUUAUGUGCAACAGAUGAAAAGGAAAAUUUCCAGAGGUUGACACGGCUUCUGAUGCGUGGAGGACUCGCACUUUUAAGGGAAGUGUUUGAUGCUAUCUAUCCACCAGUUAACCUUCCAGCUGUGCUCGGUAACCCUGCCAUAAAGACGCAGCUCCAAAGUCUGAAAAGAAUAAGGAUCCUCAGCCAAACCGAAUGGGACUAUCUCUACAACUCAAGUGGGCCAGGAAUGCAUGGCAAAUCGGCCGAUUUUGAUAUCAGCCUACUUUGUAAAUUGCUUCGAGCAAUAUGCAGCCUCACUCCUCCCAUUACUGGAUGGGACAACUUACCCAACAGCACUGAUCACAGUCUUGGAGCCGACUUGGUUAGAAUUAGGAUUUAUCGUAACACAAUUUAUGGUCACAACCACAGCAUGGAGAUAACAAGAGCUGAUUUUAAGAAGCUUUGGAAGGAAAUCAGUGAGGCCUUACUGAGAAUUGCUAGCAGCAUAAGUAGUGCAAAGACGGAUGAGUGGAAGAAGUCCAUCGAAAAGUUUUUCCAUGAACCAUUAACACCAUAUGCAAAGGAAUGUGUUGAUGAACUGCGAGAGUGGUACUUAAUGGAUAUGGAUACUAAAAAUAAGCUCGAAAAGCUAGAUACAAUGAUGGAGCAAUUGCAACUUAUACAAGAACAAAUGAAAAAUGAACAAGAACAAAUGAAAAGUAAACAAGAACAAAUGAAAAGUGAGCAAGAACAAAGACACAUGGAAAUUCUAAUUGCCCUAAAAAGUCUUAAGGCAAAUGGGUCAGCUGAUGGUUCAUCAACAGAAGUGGAAGGCGACCAAUUGCCAAUUGAAAUUCUGGAGACACGUGUACCUAUACCCCCAGAGCAGUCAUCAGCAGAAGGUAUUGCUGGUCUAUCCACAAGCACGGAACUGCAAAAUAUUCCAGUAGUUCUUGAUUUCUGGUAUGUUGUUUGUUCAUUCAAGAGGCCAUUAGAACUCUUGAUCAGAUACCUGAAAAUAAAGCUUGGAGUUGACGUUCAAAGCUACAGACUAGGAAGCCUUGUCAUAACAGUGUUCUGCAGUUCUUUAGAAGUUCUUGAGGCAUUGUGGAACGAAUAUCGGACAGGCCGUUUUAACGAAGUGGUUCAAGAUACGCUUGUAACGGGAGAGGUUCUGGAAAAGCUUGAACUCAGUGAGGUAAAACUGAGAACCAUUAUUUCAGAGGAAGACUACUUGUCAUACAAAGAUUUUUUGAAAAACAGAUCAGGUAAUAAUGAGAUAGGUACGCAUUAGUACCGUACUAAACUAAGCUAGAAUAAUCCAACAUUGAGACGCCCUAGAAUAAUCCAACAUUGGGACGGCAUUACCUAAUGCGGGCAAAUGUAAAACCUCUACAACCCACAUUGCAGUUGGUAAUCACGAUUAAAACGAAUAGUUUUGUAAACAAAUCUAUGGUGAUAAGACGCUUAUUUUUCACCUUAAUUAAAAUGCUGCUGUAAGAGGAAAUAUACGCGUGAUGUCAGGUCCUGAAGGAGACAGUUCAUUGCGUUUACCCGAGAGUCCCGAUGUUUCUAUAGUCGUGGACUCCAGGGAAAACCAAACUUAAAGAAAAAAUAGUUUCAGUAGGGACAUGACAUAAAGUGUUUUCAUGUUAUAUUCGUAGCCUUUCACUUCAACAGCGACAAAGAACAUAGAACGAAUCAAAACAAUAACAACAUUAAUUCUGAAAACCGCUUAAUGACUAAUUCACAAAUUUAGUGCUUUGCUUAUGCUAACUGCAUCUUUGCCCUCCACUAUACCUGCUGUAUCUGCUGUAUCACGAGCUGUUGUAUCCCGAGCAAGAUACAAUUGCUGAAUUGUAUGUACGACCGGGCUACCGAUUUGAAUUUAGUCAAGGCCACAUACCAAGAAUCAACCAAUGGUAGUUUCUGCUUAGUUGAGUGAAAGUCUCGGGAUGUAACAAUAUCAUCAUAAUUCAAGGUCUUGCGUCAAUUACGCUGGAAUUAUGAAGGCACACUCGCUGAUGCAAAAAACGGCUUUUACUGAGAAGUUUAAGCUCAUAUCAAUUCCAAACAAUUAACCAGAUUAACGCACUGCGGAAAAAGCUAAAAAUAAGUUAUUCAGACUCGAAUGUCUGAAGUUUUGAAUUAAAAAUUGCGGAUUUUUUUAGCUCUUUUUUACAAAGGUAAAGCGGAAAAAUGACAGCAAUAGGGAGCAAAGUAAUUAAAAGCCUCAAAGACAUAAGUAUAUAAUCUUGAACAAUCGGCCGCUAGAGCUGCCAAUCUUUUUCGUAUAGGCAAGUCUAACAAUAGUAGCGGGACAAAAACAACACAAAAAAACCUAGAAAGGCAAUUACGAAGAGAAAUUUCGAGAUAUCUUGGAAUUUCUUCAAAAAAGGUAUAAAUCAUGCAUGAACUUAAGACUAGACUUUAUCAAUAUGCAGACAAAUUUGCUACUUUUUGGAUGUUUCCGGAAAGAUUUCACCACUCAUCCGUUUUGCAAAUUACCCUUAUACAUUCUACAAUCAGCUAAACCCAGGGAGGAUAAAGGUUUAUCCUCUCUUGGCUAAACGCAAGUAGACUUGAAAAACAUGUGAAUCAGGGUAAAACGCAAUGCUGAGCUCUUUCACGAAAACAGCGAUUAAAGCAAUAUUUGACGAUAGAUUUUCUUUAAAAUAUUUCAGUGAUGCAAUUGAUCAGUGUACUGUAAAGUGCCCGAUUUUCGUGUCCAUUGAAACAUUUUAAAGUUGUCUAACGUAGGCGCAAAAUUGAGUAAAUAUUGAACUGAAUUGCUUGUAUAUAACUGACAGGGUAGUGUCAAUUUUGUGCAAGAUCUAACGCGACACUUGACAUUGGCUUACAUGGAUCGUAGUGAACGUACGGGAGGGUGGGCGUACGGUGACGUCCUAACCAAAUUUUCUCGGAUGGAUAGAUUACCACAUUUUCUUUGCAAUGGGGCUCUCCUCGGGCGCGCGUGGAACUUCGCCAUGAACCUUUCACACAAAGACGUAAUCUAGACGGAGAUUAGGACUUUAUGACACAAUGAAUUUGUUUCAUGUAUUCUUUUUUUGUGAGGCAAAGAAGUUACUCGAAUUAUACAAAAAUACCCCCUACAAUAAACACUUCCCCUUUUGGAGAGGGAGGAGGGGGGCAAGGAAUUUGUUGCACUAUUAACUGCCUACUCUCGAAAUUCGCGCGAAAAACCGUUCUAAAAAUAAACUGGUUCGUAAAAACGCCGUGACACGAGCGCAUGAACUUUGCUCACUCCGGGUUAUGGGCUCCUGGGUAGUGUCAACACUACACUAUAAUGGCAUUACGGACAAAUGUCCUGUUUGUCAUCUGUUACUAAUUAUAUUGAAGAGCAAAUUUGAGUCCAAGUUUAAGUAAAGGUAGAAAUUGCGUUUUUCAUCUUUGUUAGGUAAAGGGGAAGAAAAGGCAAUUCCUGAAGUUCAAGAAAGUCCUGCCACAGAGCUUGUUGCAGGUAAGAUAUAAAAAUUCUAAGUUACUGUCAAAAGAUAUUUGUAUUUGAUUUGGUGCAUGCUGUCCUCUUGUUGAUAGAGCUUGAGCAUGGGCUUCUGGCUCGAAAGUGAAGGGAAAAGAGGGUAUACGGAAGAGAUAUAGCGCAAAGGAGGGAGGAGGGUGGGCAGAGAGCUUUGUUUCAAACCGAGAUAUUCGGCAAAUAGAUUCAGUAACUACAGUACUUUCAUUGCCUUGAAUUCUGAGGAUCUCAUCGUAAAACUAUUUGAAGAUUGUUCCAUAAUUAAGCACUACUGUAACUAAAGCUAUGCUCAAGGAAGUCAGUUCUUGGUUUCGGGAGUAACAAUUUACCUUUAGCGUCACGAAGUUCGUAAUUCGAGAUUGUCGGAGCAAACAAAUUCCAGAAAUAAGCUGGGGCAAGACUAUUAGUACACUUAAUUAAGUAAGCCUUAAUUGCUUAUAUAGCGUUUCUAAUCGAUAAGUUGUCUCAACCAAGCAAGUCAUGAAGUUGUUUGGAACUAGUGUCAUGGCUUGAUUUAUUGAUAAUUCUGACAGCGCGGUGUUGUAGUUUUUUGAAGUUUAUCACUUUUUAGCUGUUGCAACAAGCCAUUCCAGACAGCACUACAGUAAUCAAAGUGUGGUUCAAUAAGACAUUGGUAUAUUAAUACUGCAGUGUGUAUGGAAAAAAAUAGCCUGAUUCGCUUAAGCGCACAAAUACUUGAGGAGCCUUUUUUUGUUUGCGAUGUCAUGUACGUGGGCCUUCCAAUAUAGAUCGUCAAUAUUAAGCCCAAGAGAUUUGCUAUGAGUUGUUUGGUUUACUUGGACGCUAUCUAUAUCAUUGUUUAUUGUGUAGUCAUUUAAAGAUAGUAGUUUCUGCCUCGAGCUAACAAUCAUUAACUCUGUUUUGGCGACUUUGAGACUUAACUUGUUAGCUUUAAGCCAGAGAUCAAUGUUUCAAUUCAGUAUUGAUUUGUAAUUCGAGAUCAGGUAUGCUAGGUACAGAAAAGCUAACGUUAGUGUUCUCAAUGUAUAUUCUAGGAGAACCAGGACGAGAACCAGAAUAGGUGACAUUUUAGCUCGUUUCCAGUCAAAGGGGAAAAUAGCAGUCAGAAUGGAUUAAGUAGAAAGAAACGCCUGUUAAAGAGGGCGAAACAACAUCGGCUACAAUUUUUAGUGGUUUACCAACAUCGAUAGCUUUAAGUAAUUUGAUGACUUUUUGAACAUUGAUCCGUUGGGAAGAAAAUACUCCGUUGACAGGAUUUGCAUAGGAAAGGGGAUCAGUGUCUACACUAGGAAUUCCUCGAGCUAGCAAUUGGCCAAAAUUUGUAAGAUAGUUAUUCAAUGCUUCGGCUAUAUCACCAGGCGAGGUAAAAAUUUCCUAUUUUGAUUUGGGACAAUCUAGUUGAUUUUUUUUGUCGAGACAGAAACUCAUUAAUUAACCGGCAAGAUUUACGAGGAGAUAUCCAAGCAUGUUGGUUUUCUUGUGCAGUGCGUUUCUUAGAAUUUAUUUGCUUUCCACUUUCAGCCUCGCUUUCAUGUUAAAUUCAUUUUCCCUGUUAACGACCGUUAAAAACAUAGCUGUAACUCAAGAAUUAUACCACAAUUUGAAACCACGGACUACCUAGCCAAAAAGAAGGUGCUUUAAUCUAUCUAAAUUCAUUGUCAAACCUUUUCUGCCUCCUAGGUUAAACAAAACGUCUAUAGCUCCCGGACUAUAUUUCUUUUUUUUUUUUUUAAUUCGCUUAAAGCUUCCUUCAGUUUAUCUCUUAGGUUUCGGACAGAAACAAAAAUCUUGUUUACGCAUGUCUGACCACUAUCUUACCUAGUCAAAACUCUUGUCCGCAUCCAACACGGCGUCUUUGAUUCGGUUCGCUGAAUACUCGAGUGCCUUGUUUAUGUCACAUAUUCUCUCGUACGCUAAACGCAAAUCCUCCUUUCCUUCAGCUUUUAGUUUUUCCGCGGUUUCUCCAACGUAGUACGUUGGCCUUUUUAAUUCCUUUUUGUAAUUUUCUUCAGCAAGCUUCACCAUGUUUCGCAGUCAGUAAUAUUUUCUUGAGUCUUCAGGCAUUAGGUGUUUGUGCCCCACAAAGUUCGCUUAACAAGCAGUCCUGGCAGGGUCGCCACUUUUGAUGUGGGGAAAAAAUCCAGUGCGCAUCAAAUAAAUCACAAAAUUUCAACAGGUUUGAUGUCCACAAUCCUAUCCACGAGUACAAGUAAGAAGUAGUAGAAAGCCCAAAAGGUUGUUUCAGUUUUUGCGAGGGCUAUGAAUAAAUAAGCAUCGGUAAGCCAUAAGAAUUGUUGUGUGGAGAUUGCGUUGCUUCGGAUUCAUAUGCGAGGUUGGUAUCAGACCUUGAGAUUGAGGUUUUUCGGCAUUUCCCACGAUUUGCAAACGUCAAGAAAUCACGUAACCAGUGCCUUGUCGUCAAAAUUGGGGUUUGAAGUUUACGUUUGUACGGCUAGACCUCGCUCCAGAGGUAAGUGAUUUACCGCAAGGUUUUUUGCACCAUAAAACAUCACAAUACCCCGUUUGAGAAAAAAAUGACAUUUUUUAGAGCUCUUGCUUAUUGAUUAUCGAAUUCUAUUUUUUAAAAAAGGACGGUAAUUUUGAAGACAACUUCUCUCCUGAAAUAUAAGUGGACGAUUGAAAACAAACAUUGCAGCCGCGAGCUACCACCCGCGAAUCUCAAGUCCCAAAUAUGGGCAAACGAGUAACGUGAAACCGUUAAGCGCAAACCGCAGUUUGUCGUUUGCAGUAAAAUGACUAAACCUCGAUCUUAAGGUCAUUUGUUCAUACUUGCCUCUCCUUCGGCACCCUUCCCGUUCCUGGCCUUAUCACCUCUCUCACAAACGCACUCCCCUAAUGUACAAUUACUACUGACCCAACUAAUUGUAUGGCACAAAGAUGAACCACUAAUGAAAAUUGUCUAAACGAUAAAAUGAAACCACAACAUGUUUAUACCUUUUCUCAGGAGAGGUGGAAUACCAAAGCGAGCAGAAAGAGUACCAUGAACAACACCUCAAAAUUUCGAAAGAAGUGGGAGAUAAAGCAGGGCAAGGAAUAGCAUACAGUAAACUUGGUAUCGCCUAUUACAGUCGUGGAGAAUUUCAGAAAGCCAUAGAGUACCAUGAACGUUACCUCAAAAUUUCGGAAGAAGUUGGAGACAGAGCAGGAGAAGCAAGAGCGUACUUUCAUCUUGGCAACGUUUAUCACAGUCUUGGAGAAUUUCAGAAAGCCAUAGAGUACCAUGAACGAGACCUCAAAAUUUCAAAAGAAGUGGGAAACAGGGCAGGAGAAGGAAAAGCGUACUGUCAUCUUGGCAACGCCUACUACAGUAUUGGAGAAUUUCAGAAAGCCAUAGAGUACCAUGAACGACACCUCAAAAUUUCGAAUGAAGUGGGAGACAGGGCAGGAGAAGCAGGAGCAUACUGUAAUCUUGGCAACGCCUAUCACAGUCUUGCAGAAUUUCAGAAAGCCAUAGAGUACCAUGAACGAGACCUCAAAAUUUCACAAGAAGUGGGAGACAGGGCGGGAGAAGGAAGAGCGUACUGUCAUCUUGGCAACGCCUAUCACAGUCUUGGAAAAUUUCAAACAGCCAUAGAGUACCAUGAACGACACCUUCAUAUUUCGAAAGAAGUGGGAGACAGGGCGGAAGAAGGAAGAGCAUACUGUAAUCUUGGCAACGCCUAUCACAGUAUUGGGGAAUUUCAGAAAGCCAUAGAGUUCCAUGAACGACACCUCAAAAUUACGGAAGAAGUGGGAGACAGGGCAGGCGAAGCAAGAGCGUACUGUCAUCUUGGCAGCGCCUAUCACAGUAUUGGGGAAUUCCAGAAAGCCAUAGAGUACCAUGAACGACACCUCCAAAUUUCGAAAGAAGUGGGAGACAGGGCGGAAGAAGGAAGAGCAUACUGUAAUCUUGGCAACGCCUAUCACAGUAUUGGAGAAUUUCAGAAAGCCAUAGAGGUGCAUGAACGACACCUCAAAAUCUUGAAAGAAGUGGGAGAUAGGGCAGGAGAAGCAAGAGCGUACUGUCAUCUUGGCAACGCCUAUUACAGUAUUAGACAAUUUAAGAAAGCCAUAGAGUACCAUGAACGAGACCUCAAAAUUUCAAAAGAAGUGGGAGACAGGGCAGGAGAGGGAAGAGCGUACUGUAAUCUUGGCAACGCCUAUCACAGUAUUGGAGAAUUUCAGAAAGCCAUAGAGUACCAUGAACGACACCUCCAUAUUUCGAAAGAAGUGGGAGACAGGGCGGAAGAAGGAAGAGCAUACUGUAAUCUUGGCAACGCCUAUCACAGUAUUGGAGAAUUUCAGAAAGCCAUAGAGGUGCAUGAACGACACCUCAAAAUCUUGAAAGAAGUGGGAGAUAGGGCAGGAGAAGCAAGAGCGUACUGUCAUCUUGGCAACGCCUAUUACAGUAUUAGACAAUUUAAGAAAGCCAUAGAGUACCAUGAACGAGACCUCAAAAUUUCAAAAGAAGUGGGAGACAGGGCAGGAGAGGGAAGAGCGUACUGUAAUCUUGGCAACGCCUAUCACAGUAUUGGAGAAUUUCAGAAAGCCAUAGAGUACCAUGAACGACACCUCCAUAUUUCGAAAGAAGUGGGAGACAGGGCGGAAGAAGGAAGAGCAUACUGUAAUCUUGGCAACGCCUAUCACAGUAUUGGAGAAUUUCAGAAAGCCAUAGAGUUCCAUGAACGACACCUCAAAAUUACGGAAGAAGUGGGAGACAGGGCAGGCGAAGCAAGAGCGUACUGUCAUCUUGGCAGCGCCUAUCACAGUAUUGGGGAAUUCCAGAAAGCCAUAGAGUACCAUGAACGACACCUCCAUAUUUCGAAAGAAGUGGGAGACAGGGCGGAAGAAGGAAGAGCAUACUGUAAUCUUGGCAACGCCUAUCACAGUAUUGGAGAAUUUCAGAAAGCCAUAGAGGUGCAUGAACGACACCUCAAAAUCUUGAAAGAAGUGGGAGAUAGGGCAGGAGAAGCAAGAGCGUACUGUCAUCUUGGCAACGCCUAUUACAGUAUUAGACAAUUUAAGAAAGCCAUAGAGUACCAUGAACGAGACCUCAAAAUUUCAAAAGAAGUGGGAGACAGGGCAGGAGAGGGAAGAGCGUACUGUAAUCUUGGCAACGCCUAUCACAGUAUUGGAGAAUUUCAGAAAGCCAUAGAGUACCAUGAACGACACCUCAAAAUUUCAAAAGAAGUGGGAGACAGGGCGGGAGAAGGAAGAGCAUACUAUAAUCUUGGC